AUGGAGUGUAUGCUUGAAGCUCACAUUCGCAUCGCACAAAAACGCGUUCUCACGUAUCAUGUCUUUCAAGAUCAGGUCCGAAAACAACCAAACCACCCCUUUCUUGUCUUUGAGGGCAAGACAUGGUCGUACAAGGAGUUCUCUGAGGCAUAUACGAGGGUUGCGAACUGGCUAGUUGAUGAGCUGGGCGUACAGGUAGAGGAGAUAGUCGCAGUUGAUGGUGGGAACAGUCCGGAACAUCUCAUGCUUUGGUUUGCACUUGAUGCAAUCGGUGCGGUUACGAGUUUUUUGAACUGGAACCUGACAGGGGCGGGGUUGGUUCACUGCAUAAAGCUGUGUAAUUCUCGAUUCGUCAUUGCAGACAUCGAUGUUAAAGCGAAUGUUGAACCGUGCCGUGACGAACUCGAGAAGACGGACAUCAAAAUCCAAUAUUAUAAUCCAUCGUUCUUUUCAUCGCUAUCAAACACCACGGCCAUUCCCGACAGUCGCACUGAAAACAUUAAACUAGAGUCGGUGCGAAGCCUACUAUACACAUCUGGAACCACUGGCCUGCCCAAAGAACAUCUAAAUAUCAAGCCUGAAAGUCGAAUGUAUACAUGUAUGCCGCUCUACCAUGGCGCUGGACACAACCUCUGUACAGCAACAACUAUUCAUGGCGGAGGUACAGUGGUAUUAGGCAGGAAAUUCUCACACAAGACGUUCUGGCCUGAAGUUGCGGCUUCAAAGGCAAACAUCAUUCAGUACGUCGGUGAGUUAUGUCGAUAUCUCCUUAAUGGCCCAAAGAGCCCGUACGAAAGGGACCAUAAGGUGCAGAUGGCGUGGGGCAAUGGCAUGCGUCCAGACGUGUGGGAACUGUUCCGUGAGCGCUUCAACAUACCAGUCAUUCACGAGCUCUUCGCCGCAACCGAUGGCCUCGGAUCGUCAUUCAAUCGUAACGCGGGGUUGAUCUGGAAUUGGAAAUUUCGAAACCAGGAAGUACUGGUCAAGAUGGAUCUCGAUGCUGAAGAGAUCGUGAGAGACCGCAAGGGAUUUGCGAUACGAUGCAGUGUCAAUGAACCCGGUCAAGUGCUUUAUCGGCUCACACCUGGAACGAUGGCUACUGUACCGAACUACUAUAAUAACGGGGCGGCCACGCAGAAGAGACUAAUUACAGAUGUGUUUGAAAAGGGUGACAUAUGGUUCAAGUCCGGUGACAUGUUUCGGCAAGACGCUGAAGGCCGAGUCUUCUUUGUCGAUCGACUCGGCGAUACGUUUCGCUGGAAAUCCGAAAACGUGUCUACCCAUGAAAUCGCGGACAUGAUGGGCACAUUCCCCCAGAUUGCUGAAACCACUAUAUAUGGUGUCCUUGUGCCAGGUCACGAUGGCCGAGCUGGCACAGCCUCAAUUGUCAUGGCAGACGGCGUGACAGAGUCGACAUUCAACUUCGUUGGCCUUGCAGAGCACGCCCGAGCUCGGUUGCCGGGCUAUGCUGUACCGCUGUUCCUGAGAGUUACUCCGGCACUCGAAUAUACAGGAACAAUGAUGGUUAGUAAAGGGCGCCUCAAACAGGAAGGUAUAGACCCGGAGAAAAUUACGGGCGGAGAUAAGUUAUACUGGCUGCCGCCUAGUAGUAAUAUGUAUUCACCAUUUGGAAAGACGGAAUGGCAGGGACUUGGGGAUAAUCGCGUACGGCUGUAG